AGCCCAAUUCAAGCAUUUGUUAAUUCAAGGAAAGUCAGGAGUUACAAGAGAAGGUGUGGUGGGACAGAUCACAUUGGAUCACAAACCCAUCUGUAAUCUAAGCAGAGCAGCUCAUCAUCUUCAACAGCAGCAAGCUGCAGCAGCAUCCUAUCGAAAUUCAACAAACCCAUCCCUUGAAAGCCAAUCCAUCUCUUCCCAUUCACAACAAUAGCCAAAUCCUAAUCAAAUUCAAAAUCAAGACCUAACCCAUCUUCCCUUCCCCUCCCGCUAUCCCGAAUUACUUACCAAUCUCCGUUUUUCCUGCUUCCCCCCUCCCCUGGUCUUCAAUGGAGACUCUGACUUCUCUCUGUGCGAGCCAAACUCUUGUUUCCCACACAGCCCGCCCGAUGCCCAUUUCCGCCGCCGGAAGCUCCGUCUCCGCAAAUGGCUACGCUUACUCUCUCAAUUCUCGAGCUUUCCUUCCGAGGAAGCAGAGGAUGAGCAUCAUUAAGGCCUCUGUCGCCGUGGAGCAGCAGACAGAGAAGCCCAAGGUUGCCCUCGUCAGAAUCGGCACCAGGGGAAGAUUUCUUCUUGCGAGGAACUCUUGGAAUUCCUGGAUAUAGGUUGUAGUUUAGGAAUCAGUGUGCUGAAUGUUUGAAUUACUAGCUACCAAUGCUACUACAAUUUCUGCUCAAUUUGAUGUUAUUGGUUUCAAGGAAAGCCCGCUGGCACUAGCUCAGGCUCAUGAGACCAGGGAGAAACUCAUGGCGGCACAUUCCGAGUUAGCUGAGGAAGGUGCUAUCGAGAUUGUGAUUAUAAAGACCACAGGAGAUAAGAUCCUCAGUCAGCCACUUGCCGACAUUGGAGGAAAAGGGUUGUUUACCAAGGAAAUUGAUGAGGCACUGAUCAACGGUGACAUUGACAUUGCGGUGCACUCCAUGAAAGACGUUCCUACCUAUUUACCUGAACAGACAAUCCUGCCUUGUAACAUGGAGCGAGAAGAUGUUAGAGAUGCAUUCAUCUCGUUGAAUGCAUCUUCACUGGCAGAUCUCGCUGCUGGGAGCAUAAUUGGCACGGCUUCCCUCAGGAGAAAAUCGCAGAUACUCCACCGGUAUCCCUCGCUUAAGGUGGUCGAAAACUUCCGUGGAAAUGUGCAGACGAGGUUGCGGAAACUGAAUGAGGGAGUAGUGCACGCAACGUUGUUAGCAUUAGCUGGCCUGAGACGUUUGAACAUGACAGAUAACGUAACAGCCACUCUGUCAAUCGACGACAUGCUCCCAGCGGUUGCUCAAGGAGCAAUUGGAAUCGCCUGCAGAACCAAUGAUGAUAAAAUGGCCGAGUACCUAGCUUCACUGAACCAUGAAGAGACCAGGCUGGCAGUUACCUGUGAGAGGGCCUUCCUCGAAACUCUGGAUGGGUCUUGCCGCACUCCUAUUGCCGGAUAUGCAAGCAGAGAUGAGAAUGGUGAUUGCUUGUUCAAGGGACUGGUUGCUUCUCCAGACGGGACUCGUGUGCUAGAGACUUCCAGGAAAGGUCGGUAUGCUCUCGAUGAUAUGAUAUUGAUGGGUAAGGAUGCUGGGAAGGAAUUGCUUUCUAGGGCAGGUCCUGGAUUCUUCAAUUCAUGAACCAAUCGACAGCAAGUUUAGAAAAGAAAGCAGAAGCGAGAAGGCUAGUGUAGGUAAGUUGGAAACUCUUUUUUGGAUAGGAUGCAGGGAUCUGAGUGCGAUUUGUUUCAUUUGCAACAUGGAACAUGAAAUUGUUUGUUUGUAACGGUUUGCAGGUAGAAAUGUAAGUUUUCUGUAAGCUUAAGACCUAGUCUUUAUUUGCUAUGCAUUCACCAUCGAAUUCUGCCCUAAAUGCAGUAGAUACAUUAAAAUAAGAAAA